UCGCGCGCUUUCGUGUAGAGUGGACGCACGGGACGACGAAAAUGGAGACCGAGCAUUUCGAUUCAGAUUUGUUUAUAGAUGAAAUUCAAAAACGACCAGCGAUCUGGGAUAUGGAAAGUCCCGAUUAUAAGAAUAAAGUGAUUAAAAAACGUUACUGGGAGGAGCUUGUAGAAAUAUUUUGUGACGCUGGAGAUAGUUUAGAGAAAAAGAAACUGUUGGGUUCUACACUAACAAGAAAAUGGAAAAGUAUUCGAGACAAUUACAUAAGGGAGUCUAAACGGCAAAAAAAUCUUCCAUCUGGGUCUGGAUCCUCCAAACAUGUACCAUAUGUAUACUUCGCAAAACUAAAAUUUCUCGAGAGUUCCGUAGUAAAUAAGGAUACAGAGAACAACUUUGAAACUCCUGCCGUAACAAAUUCUGAUUUAAACAAUGCGGACAAUGAAGACUUAAUACCACCUCCAAAAGAACAAACUGAAGGGACAAGGAAGAAACAAAAAAUAAAUGCAGUGGAUAAACAAAUUGUUGAUAUUUUAGAAAAAAGUUUGCACGCAAGACAACAGCUUCAAACAGCACAACUAACUAAUGAAGAUGAUGAUAAAUUAUUCUGUUUAUCAUUGUACACUGAGCUCAAGAAGGUACCUGAGAAUCGACGGCUGUCAACAAAGAUUGAAUUGCUCAAUGUAAUUCAAAAAGCACAGAAUCCAGCAUUACCACAACAAACAAAUCAGUACCAAUAUCAAUACGCAUAUUCUACACCGUCUUAUUCCGGAUACACUACUGCUAGGUCCUCAACACCAUCACAACAGUGGUCUGCGACACCACCGGCACCGGCACCACCACCGCCAACGUCGACGUGGGUGCCGUCACCUUCAAGCCAAGAUUCGGACAGUCUUCAUUUAUUUGAAUAAAUUUACUUACCUUAACGUUA